AUGGGAAGAACUGAGUUUGAUGAAAUAAAAUCUAACUUGAAGUAUUCUAAUCCAGAAGAGGAAGAUAAGGACGAUAGGAUCUGGAGAAUUCGGAAAAUAGUUGAUAUUUUCAAUAAAAACAUCAAGAGAUUCAAUUUUUUCUUGACUACACUGUCCAUAGAUGAAAUGAUGGCUAAAUAUUACGAUAGAUGGGUUCUCAAACAGUUCAUCAAAGGGAAACCGAUACGAUUUGGUAUCAAAUUAUGGGCUUUAUGUUCCUACAGUGGUUUUUUAUUUCACUUCGAGAUUUAUUGUGGAAAGAAUGCAAAGGAUAAUCUACUACCAAAUAUUGCUCUUGGUUCACGUGUCGUUUUACAAAUGUUACAGCACCUAUUACACCACUGCACUUCAAGGAAACUAAAUGAAUACCAUUAUUAUUUUGACAAUUUAUUUUGCUGUCCAGAUCUAUUACUUCAUUUGAAAAUAAAUGGUCUUCGAGCCACUGGUACAGUAAGAAGUAAUAGAAUAAAAGCAACAAAUGAUAUUAGAAAGCAAAACGGGGCACCUGGAGUCACUCCAAUGUCUAAUGUGAGUCGUUAUGAUAAAGAAUCGAGAAGUAAAAUAGCAAUACCAUUUCCAAAUACAUUUUGCAUUUACAACAAGUUCAUGGGAGGUGUCGAUUUGCAUGAUCAACAUGCAAAUCAAGUGCGGCCAAGCAUACAUUCGAAGAAAUGGACAUGGAUAAUCAUGAUAAGAUUGGUUCAAGCUGCGGCUACAAAUGCCACUGCUACAAUGAACACGACGAUUAUGUAA